AAGUAUGUAAAGAAAGUGAAAGAUUGUUACAUUCUUUUAUAAUUAUAAGCGAGCUCAAAAGACAAGUCCCCAAGUUUCCCACAGGAUAUUCCACGACAUUUUGACGAUAAUGUCCCAGGAUCGGAGCGAAUGCGUGACUGAAUGGGCCAUCUAUUCAAUGUCAAGGACAACCGAUGUAUCGCAUCGGUCUUCCAACUUGAUCAUUGGCCUUUAUUCGAUGUCAGUGUUUAUUUAUGGUACUGGCGUACUCGUUGCUCACUCUGACGAGUCCGACGAACAACUUGCGGUGCAUGCGCGAGAAUUGUUUCUUAAGAUGGAGCUACCCUUCGAGUCUAAUGCCUCCCCUACGUACGAGCUCGUAAUGAUCACGCAGUUUUUCCACCAGCUCUCAGCAGCCACAAUAGUCGGUGUAAUUAAUGCCUUAAUUGUCUCACUGAUUCUUCACGUAGGUGGGCAAAUCGAUAUAAUGUGCCAAGGGUUGGUAGAAAUCUCUUCAGACGAUACAUUCGACUUGCAAACCUCGACCAUCAAAGCUCUAAUACGUCGACAUCAAAGAAUUAUCUCACUCUCAGCCGAUAUUGAGACUCUUUUUUCAUAUAUAGCUCUGAUGCAAUUCCUGUGGAACACUUUGGUCAUCUGCUGUCUCGGAUUUCUAAUUGUGACUUCGAUCGGCGACACGCAAGGAUCGACAAUGUUGAUUAAAUCCCUCUUUUUUUACGUUGUUAUCACUUUGGAGGCAUUCAUAUUUUGUUAUGCUGGAGAAUAUCUUAGUGACAAGGGCAGAAUGAUCGGCAAUGCAGCGUACGAAACUAAGUGGUACAAAUUAAAUCCCACGCAGAGUCGUAUUUUAUUAUUGCUAAUUUUAAGAUCACAAAGAAAGUUAACUAUUACGAUCGGAAAAUUUAUGGAGCUCUCUCUAGAACGUUUUACAACAAUUAUUAAGGCAUCAGCGUCUUAUGUAUCCGUGCUGCAUGCUAUGUCUUGAAAGCCAUGUAUAGAAAAAGCAAUACUUUUUGUAUGUUUAUGUAGCUAUUGUGUUAUAAGAAACGCGAUAUCUCGCGAAUUCUAGUAACUCAUUAGCUUUCCACGAACAUGAAUGCUCUAAUGUAAAAAUAUAUUAAUAUAUCUCAUUCAAUUUAA